AUGACAGACAUGCAUUUCGUUUGCGGAAUGGCUCUGGGUACCGCUCGACGAACAAGACGUCCGCCGCCUAAUGUACAAACUUUCAUCAACAUUCACGAUCGACUAUGUGAAUCAGGCAGUUUCAAGAGAUCCACACAUGUUGCAGGAAGAACUGCAAGUGUAAGAACCAUCCAAAUCGAAGAAGCUGUACUCAAUAAGAUCGAAGAGGACCGUACAACAAGUACACGAAAAAUUGCUAACCAGCUAAAUUUAAAUCAUAUACCGGUAUGA